AUGGAUAAACCAAUCAACAUCGGUCCAGAUGGGAGCCGGGUCCAAACUCCAGACGACCAACAUCAUGAUGCCGAAAACAUGUAUAGCCGCAUCCGCAAACGUCGCGCGAACGAAACCUGCGAGUCGUAUUUGAACGAUGUACAAGAUCAUGACGCAGAUAACAUAUAUGAACGAAUCUAUAAGCGUCCCUCGAGAGGAAUUACCAAGUCGUCUACUACAAACGACAAACGUCACAACAAAAAGCGUCCGGCUGUGAACCGUUCCGAAUGGACCUGGAUACCUGGACAUCUUCCUGAAAUUCCGCAGACAAGAUUCCCGAAGGGUGUUCCUCAAGGACCAAAAAGAAUUCCAUCUUAUACAGUUGAAGAUCUAGAUAAAGAAUGGUCGAGAAAGGAGCUUCCUAGUCGACAGAGUGGAAGAUAUGCUCAAUACGACCCGGAAUCUUAUUUCGAGCGAGAGCUUUUAAAAGAAACAAAUUGGAAGAAGUUUCUGAAAGAAGAAAAAGCGGCCCGAAAAUCGCAAUAA